AGUAAUUCGGACGUGCUUGCGCACGCUCUCAACCCUUUCCGUUUGCCACUGAUCGCUGUUUUGUUUUGUUUCGUUUUUUUUUAAGCACGCGCUCUUCUGUUUUGCAAAUACACGCGCGCGCGCACACACACACACACACACGAUUCAGCCAAGUGUCGUCACAAGUGCUCUUCUAAAACGGAAGUCGUUUGGGUUUUUCUGUUUGUUGUCACGUUUCGUCGAGGUGUGCAUUGGAAAUUGUGCGCGAGGGAGAUCGACGAAAAAAAAUAACGAUGGUUACGUCAAAGGAUUAGGCUGGUGUUUGGUCGAAAGAGCUAAAGUACAAAGUCGCGGCUGGAAGAGAGAGAGAGAGAGAGAGAGAGGCGAGGAAGAUCGGCAAAGAAGAGACUUGAAUGCCUGUGUGUGGUCCGUAGCCGGCAGCAGAGCGCGGCGGUCCAGCGGAUCAAGGCCCUGCGCCGUGCAACUUGCUCUUCUCUCUUCGCGUGUGUGCUCCUCUCUUUCCGUUGCAAAACCUUCUCUCGUGUGAGUUGUGUGUGCGCGCGUGUGUGUGUGUAGCUGUAUACGCACACACACACACACAGUCGUGUAUAUACGGGCGCUUGGUGCGAGAGUGGUGUCUGGUCUAUCGUUAUGACGCGAGCAAAAGAAGCGCAACACAACUGAGGAAAAGAGGAGAGAAGGCGUCUCAUGAUCCUGGGCAAUUGCAGUAUGGAAGACUUGAGCACAAGUGUUGCCGGUACGACGAGCAGCACAAGCACGAAGAAGACGACAGCGAGCAGCAGCAGCAGCAGGAAAGAAGGUGAAGUGGCGAGAAGAAGUAGCGAGAUGGUUGACUCGGACAGUUGGUUCGACGGUGUGCCCGAGGAAGAGUUACUCUACUACUCGCCGUCCGACAGAAGCGACUUGGAUUCGUUGUUUGCCGUUGUUGGCAGCUUCGUGCCACCGCCGCCGCGGCCGCCCUUCAUGGCCGAAGAGAGCUUGCCCACCGACGGACUGACCACCUGUGAUCUCUGCUCUUGGGCGCUUAGGAACGAUAGGUACUCCUUCUCUUUGGACGGUACGUUAGAGGCACCAGGCGAGCUUGGCUGGGUGUUGACCUUAGUCAUCGUCUCGCUCAUCUCUGCGGGGAUCGGAGCCGUUAUCAUGGUCACGCUGCUGCAUUGCAGGAGAAUGAAGAGCGCCGGCGGCAGAGCGAGUUGCUGCGGCAUGGCAUUAGAGCGUGGCCAGCAUCGAAGUGGCGGCAACGGAGCCGGUAGGCAACACGUCCACCAUCAUCAUCACCAUCAUCAUCCAAUGGGUAGUCCGAGCUCAGGCAGCGCUGCUUUAGCUGUCAUACCCGAACGCCCGGCACUUGAACUUGACAAGCUACCACCUUAUCACGACGUCACUCCUAGUCCUGGUCACAACGUGAACGUGUGGUCAUGGCUAGGUUCACGUCGUGGCGGUGGGCCUCCUGGCUGCGUCGCGACCCCAUUGACUCUGCCUCAGCACCGACAUCCCAUUAACUUACCUGUCGAGAAUCAUUAUACCCACAUGCAAACUGACGAAGCUUUGUACGCCGAGUUGGACUCGCAGGCUGCUAGUUACGCCAGUGGCUCCGAAGACAAACAUUAUCACGAGCUUGAUGCCGUUGGAUUGCAUAGGCAGCAUCAAGAUACACUUUGUAGUCGACACAGUCAGAGGUUGCGAGAGCCAGAGUACGAGAUGUACGAGAAUGGACCCACGUUGCCUCAUCAUCACAAGCACCAUCAUCAUCACCACCAUCAUCAUCAGCAGCAGCAACAGCAACAACAACAACAGCAACAGCAACAAGCACAACCGUCGUAUCAGAACACUGGUUACACUGGAAGUGACAACGAGCCCGACGGUCCCUCAACUCUAAGUAGUGCACCGAGUAGUGCUUAUUACAGUGACUUGAGCUCGAACUCGAAUCAACAAAUGAUGAUGAUGAACGUGCCAACGACUUUAUCGGGGCCUGAGGGUGACGCGCCACCCGUAUACGAGUCUGCCUCGCAAUAUAGACUUCAAGCGAUCAACGAAAGCUGCCCAUCGGACUACAUCUAG